UGGCGGAAAAACAAAGCUAAUGCUAAAAUGAAACGCAUUUGUGUAAUAGACUCGCAAUUCAGUAUCUUAUCAAGUGGAAAUGCCCCCUCUGCACCGAGAGACAUCGCCACCCCAUCUCAGUUUGUCAGACAAAACAUUCAGGAAAGUUAAUGUUACAGUGAAGUGACCAACCAACUGUAUCUGACAACGAACAUCAACGUUAGCUAACGCUAAUUCACCACUAGCUGCCCGGACGUCUCAACGGUUCAUCAUGUGGGGGGAAAUCGAUCCUCCGGCUAGAACCCGACCGAGCUCGUCCGAGAGUGAAGACGGGGGCGACUUGCCAGAAGAACCCGUGACACUGUCCCACAUAUGUGCUUUCCAACGCCCCGCGGAGGCUCCGCAGCCACGACAAGACCCCCAGUACGUGAGCCAGGCCGAGUCGAUCUGCGUGAAUGCCAUGGUGGACGCCAUAGCCGCCAGUGGGAUCCUGGUGAAGAGCCAGCAGAAGGGGGAGGCCGAGCUGACCCUGGAGGAGCGGCGAGAGGAGCUGCUGCACCAGUACAGCAGCAGGCCGCUGGUGUUCCUGGAGAGGUACCAUACCUGCCUCAAGCCCAGGAACCUGUCAGCGUUCGCCCACGUCCUUUCCGACCCGCGGGUUCUUCACUACAGCGAUGUGAUACAGAGACGGGCUGCAGCGUGCAGCAACAGGACGCGGGUUCGAAACCAGCGCUACGCCGCCCUCAGGGCCCUGCAGAGGGAGGGGGAAUAUUUCAGUGAGGAGCAGAUGAGAAUCAGGGAGCCGCUGUUGUAUGAACAAUAUAUUGGCCAGUACCUGACUGACGAGGAGGUGCUGGAACGCUCCCAGGAGGCCAUGCAGGGCGAUGCGCAGGGGGGACCAGGGGCACCAGCGGGAGGCGCAGGAGGGCUCGCCCACCUCCUCCUCAAUUCCUACCAGGAGCGUCUCAUCCAGAAUCGCCUGCAGGAGGAGCAGGAGAGAGAGGAUGGAGCGCGUGAGGAGGAGGAGGACGACGACGAUGGUUAUUCUGUCCAGCAGAAGCAAUGGGCUCCCACCCCAGAGGAGAAGGCACUGUUCAGGGAGGAGUUCAUCAGCCAGAUGCACCAGCGCUUCCUAGAUGGCAAAGACAAGGAUUUCAACUACAGUGAGGUGGACGAGAACCCUGACUUCGACAACUUGGACAUAGUCAGCAGAGAUGCAGAGGAUAAAUAUUUUGAUGAAGAUGAAGAGGAGGAGGAGGAGAUGGAAAAUGAUGGAGACAAUAUGACAGAAUAGGCUCCUCGCUCGUUGGAUUUCACUUGGUUCAAAACAACUUUUAGGUUUGUUAAGGAAUGCACUAUACAACCCCAAACUGCCAUAAAAUGUGCGAUACUCACAUUGUGCGCCAUGUGUGGGCUACGGUCAGUCUUCAAAUGCCUCCACAAUGUAUGGAGGGAACCUUGCAACUUGACAUCCAGCAGAGGUCACAGGCCGUCGUUACUGAACCCUGAUCUAAAUCAUCCAACAUGCCGUGCCUAUUUGUUUAUUUUUGCUUUCCCUUGUAGCUGCUUAUGAAGUUCCCACCAGAGGGCAUCACCUCACGUUAACAACAAUCAAUAAUAAAUAGAUGAAUACA